AUGGAAAUUGGUUCGUUUGCUUCCCAAUCGUCCGAGGAGAGGGAGACGUUACGCAACAAUCAUUACGCCAACUGGACCAAAUAUCUCGAUUCGUUCAAACAAUACGAGUCAGAUGUCAAGGACGUCAAGCAGACGGUAAGAGUCUCAAACCAAACUAGCAGCCAUCUCGAAGGCAUGCGGACUUCCGCUCUUGCAAUUGGCUCGAUGAACGCCGCAGCAUAUCCCACCGAUGAUGAUGACGAAGACGAUGUCAUCGUGAAACCUGACAAAUGCCCGAAAUACUCAUCCGAAGUCGAGCAAAUCGACAGCUCUUCACCCGACGACUGUUUCUUUCCGGGGUUCAAGGUUGUCAAGUUUGGCUCGGAUUUCAUUGGCAAGUGCUCAAUCUGUGAUAGAACUUCCAUCAUUGCACUUGUCCUCAAAGUCAAAGACAAAGCCAACUUCAUGAAUCUCAACAGAAAGACUUUCUCGAGGUUCUUGUCCUCCAUGGAUAUCUACGACCUCUUCUACAAACGAAUCUGUUGCGAUGCGUGCGCUAGCUAUCUCAUCGAGCCGAACGCUGGUCUCUUGCCUGUGCCUGUUUCGGGGGCUGUGGCUCUCCUUUCUCCAGAGGACAAUAUGGAUCUGUGGGUUGAGAUGUUGAAUGGUAUUUUCUCAGGUGUUCGUGUCGAUAUCCCCAAGUGGUAUUGGGUGGAGUAUCUGAGGCGGAAAAUCAUCGAGCUUCCUGCAGACGACUCGACUACCAUCGAGGAGAGGCUCUUCAAAGAUGCCUUAACUUGGCUUGUGAGGGGCUUUAAUGGUGAGAUUGAUGGAGAUGGAGAUGAUGCUAGUAGCCAAGUUACUCUUGUUUGA